CGCAUGCGCCAGCCUAUCGCUUUUGUUUUGCCGACCCGGAGCCACUUGGGCUGUAUUAGCAGCACUGCGGCUGACGAUAGCCUGUGUAUUUCUAUUAUCUGAGAAAAAAAGUGAGAAGAAAGGAGCAUACAGGUAUUGAGCUCCACAAAGGAACUCUCUGAAAGUUAUCAUCCAGGACCGAGAAGAGGAGACGUACACCUAUUUAUUCCACAAUGACCAGCUCCUCUACUCCCAGAAUGCACACAUACAAAAGGACCUCUAGUCCUCGGUCUCCGACUAAUACCGGCGAGCUUUACACCCCAGCACAUGAAGAAAAUGUGCGCUUUAUCCAUGACACAUGGCUGUGUGUUCUAAGAGACAUUAAAUCACCUCAGAACAGUGAACGAGGACCACAAGAAUAUGUGGAGAAAAACCCAAACCCAAAUUUGCUUUCCUUCACUCCAGUGGACCUGAGUGAACUCAGGAGGCCAAGCACACAGGACUGCAAGAAGUCUUAGUGAAUUUCCUCUCAUCCUGGUCCAGCAGCUUUAUUUAUUUUAUUUU